CAAAGCAGCAUCAGUGCUGCUUCAUUUCAUUGAGAAGGAGGAUUCAAACUUCCGGUACUGUCAUGGCGACAUGGUAGUGUGUCUGCUAAAAUAAAGAAAAUAACCACAUCAACAUCGGAUUUUGAGCAUUAACUGGUUGUAAAUAGCAGAGGAAUCAUUAUUUAUACGGAUAAUUCAGGUGGCCCAUCGCGGCUCACACCCGGCCGGCCAUGGCGGCGCAUAAACCCGUGGAAUGGGUUCAGGCCGUAAUUAGUAGAUUCGACGAGCAGCUUCCAGUAAAAGUGGGCCAACAGAACACUCACACCAAAGUCAGCACGGAGCACAACAAGGAAUGUCUGAUCAACAUCUCCAAGUAUAAGUUCUCACUGGUGAUCAGUGGCCUCACAAACAUACUGAAGAACGUGAACAACAUGCGAAUAUUUGGGGAGGCUGCGGAGAAGAACCUGUAUCUCUCUCAGCUCAUCAUUCUGGACACACUGGAGAAGUGCCUUGCUGGGCAACCGAAGGACUGCAUGCGUCUGGACGAGACCAUGCUGGUGAAGCAGCUGCUGCCAGAAAUCUGUCACUUCAUCCACACCUACCGUGAGGGCCACCAGCAUGCCGCCGAGCUCCGUAACUCCGCCUCCGGGGUCCUAUUCUCCCUCAGCUGCAACAACUUCAACGCUGUGUUCAGCCGCAUCUCCACCAGGUUGCAGGAGCUCACCGUGUGUUCGGAGGACACAGUGGAUGUCCAUGACAUUGAGCUCAUCCAGUACAUUAAUGUGGACUGUGCCAAGCUAAAGAAACUUCUCCAAGAGACGGUGUUUAAAUUCAAAGCCCUCAAGAAGCCUGCCCAGCUAAGUGUCAUCAACAGUUUAGAGAAGGCCUUCUGGAACUGGGUGGAGUUCUACCCUGAUGAGUUCACCAUGCUGUACCAGAGGCCACAGACAGACAUGGCCGACUGUGCAGAGAAGCUGUUUGACCUGGUGGACAGUUUUGCCGAGAGUGCCAAGAGGAAGGCAGCCGUGUGGCCACUGCAGAUCAUCCUCCUCAUCCUCUGUCCCGAGAUCACACAGGACCUCUCCAGAGAGACCGUGGAGGACACCAAGGUCAACAAGAAACUGUUCCUGGAGAACCUGAGGAAGGCCCUGGCCGGCCACGGGGGCAGUAAACAGCUGACUGAGAGUGCUGCCAUCGCCUGUGUCAAACUCUGCAAGGCCUCCACCUACAUCAACUGGGAGGACCACUCUGUCAUCUUCCUCCUGGUGCAGUCCAUCGUGGUGGACCUCAAGGCCCUGCUCUUCAACCCAGCCAAGCCUUUCUCCAGAGGGGCGGGGAGCCAGAACGCAGACGUGGACCUCAUGAUCCACUGCUUCGUCUCCUGUUUCCGCAUCAAUCCCCACAACAACCAGCACUUUAAGGUCUGCCUGGCAUCAUCCUCCCCUCCCACCUUUCACUUUGUCCUGGUCAACUCCCUACACAGAAUCAUCACUAAUUCUCCGUUGGACUGGUGGCCUAAGAUUGACGCUGUGUACUGCUACUCAGGAGAGCUGAGGGUCAUGUUUUCUGAGACGCUGGGCCACGUGAUGAGGGGCUGCACUACACACGCUCCCCUCCGCUUGACUCCGAGUCUGACCUUCAAGGAGAAGAUGACCAGUCUGAAGUUCAAGGAGAAAACCACAGACCUGGACACGCGGAGCCUCCUGCUGGCCCUGGUCAAGCUCAUCCACUCUGACCCUAAACUCAUGCUGCAUAACCCGGGUAAGCAGGGUCAGGAGAUCCAGAGCAGUACAGCAGAGCUGAUCAUCGGCCUGGUGCAGCUGGUGCCUCUGGCCAACAUGGGAGAGUGUUCACAGGAGGCCAUGGAGGCCCUCUUGGUUCUGCAUCAACCUGAGACCAUAGAGCUGUGGAACCCAGAUGCUCCCAUUGAGACCUUCUGGGAUAUCAGUUCCCAGGUCCUCUUCUUCAUCUGUAAGAAGCUGGUUGGCCACCAGAUGAUCAACAGCACAGAGAUCCUCAAGUGGCUGAGGGAGAUCCUCAUCUGCAGGAACAAGUUCCUCCUCAGGAACAAGGAGCGGGCCACGGUGGGUAGUGGCAUCCCCAUCUGUAGACAGGCCCAGACCAAGCUGGAGGUGUCUCUCUACAUGUUCCUGUGGAGCCCUGACAUGGAGGCCGUUCUGGUGGCCAUGUCCUGCUUCAGACACCUCUGCGAGGAGGCUGAGGUCCGCUGUUGCGUGGACGAGGUCCCGGUACAGACUAUCCUGCCCAACUACAACACCUUCAUCGAGUUUGCCUCCGUCAGCAACAUGAUGUCCACAGGCCGCUCAGCCCUGCAGAAGAGAGUGAUGGCUCUGUUGAGGAGGAUCGAACAUCCUACUGCAGGAAACAAAGAGGCAUGGGAAGACACGCAUGCAAAAUGGGAGCAGGCAACCAAAUUAAUCCUCACCCAUCCCAAAACUAAGCUAGAGGAUGGCCAGGAGUGGAUCAACAUGACGGGCUUCCUGUGUGCUCUGGGAGGUGUGUGUCUGCAGCAGCGCAGCGCCCCAGGUCUGGCCACCUACAGCCCCCCCAUGGGGCCUCUCAGUGAGAGGAAGGGCUCCAUGAUCUCUAUGGGCUCCUGUGAGGGGACCACGGAGACGCCCCUGGGCCGCUUCCUGGAUCGCCUGCUGUCUCUCAUGGUGUGCAGCCAUGAGAAGGGUGUUCAGAUCCGGACUAAUGUUAAGGACCUAGUGGGCCUGGAGCUCAGCCCGGCUCUCUACCCCAUGCUCUUCAACAAACUCAAGAACAGCAUCAGCCGCUUCUUCGACGCACAGGGGCCGGUCCCCAUCAAUGACACAAACACCCAGUUUGUGGAGCAGACCAUCGCCAUCAUGAAGAACCUACUGGACAACCACACUGAGGGCAGCUCAGAGCACCUGGGACAGGCCAGCAUAGAGACCAUGAUGCUCAACCUGGUCAGGUACGUGCGUAUCCUAGGCAACAUAGUGCAUGCCAUCCAGAUCAAGACCAAGCUGUGCCAGCUGGUGGAGGUGAUGAUGGAGAGACGAGACGACCUGUCCUUCUGCCAGGAGAUGAAGUUCAGGAAUAAGAUGGUGGAGUACCUGACAGACUGGGUGAUGGGCACCUCAAACCAAGCGGCUGACGAUGACGUCAAGUGUCUUACCAGGGACCUGGACCAGGCCAGUAUGGAGGCGGUGGUGUCCCUGCUAGCUGGCCUGCCCCUGCAGCCUGAGGAGGGAGACGGAGUGGAACUGAUGGAGGCCAAGUCCCAGCUCUUCCUCAAGUACUUCACCCUGUUCAUGAACCUGCUGAAUGACUGCAGUGAGGUGGAGGAUGAUGGGCAGCAGGUGGCAGGGAGGAAGAGGGGCAUGUCCCGACGUCUGGCCUCCCUCAGACACUGCACCGUCCUGGCCAUGUCCAACCUCCUCAACGCCAACGUGGACAGCGGCCUCAUGCACUCCAUCGGUCUGGGCUACCAUAAGGAUCUGCAGACUCGGGCCACCUUCAUGGAGGUGCUGACUAAGAUCCUGCAGCAGGGAACAGAGUUUGACACGCUGGCAGAGACGGUGCUGGCAGACCGCUUCGAGAGGCUGGUAGAGCUGGUCACCAUGAUGGGAGACCAGGGAGAGCUGCCUAUCGCCAUGGCGCUGGCCAACGUCGUACCCUGCUCCCAAUGGGAUGAGCUGGCGCGGGUGCUGGUCACUCUGUUUGACUCGCGCCACCUCCUGUACCAGCUGCUGUGGAACAUGUUCUCCAAGGAGGUGGAGCUGGCGGACUCCAUGCAGACUCUGUUCAGAGGAAACAGUCUGGCCAGCAAGAUCAUGACCUUCUGCUUCAAGGUGUACGGGGCCACGUACCUGCAGAAGCUGCUGGAGCCUCUCCUCAGAGGGGUCAUCACUGCCCCGGAGUGGCAGCUCAUCAGCUUCGAGGUGGAUCCCACCAGGCUGGAGCAGAGUGAGAUCCUGGAGGAGAACCAGAGGAACCUGCUGUUGAUCACCAAACGUUUCUUCCUGGCCAUCAUCAACUCCUCCACAGAGUUCCCCCCACAGCUGCGCAGUGUGUGUCACUGCUUGUUCCAGGCAACUUGCCACUCUCUACUGAAUAAAGCCACAGUUAAAGAGAAAAAGGAAAGCAAAAAAGCAGUGGUCAGCCAGCGUUUCCCCCAGAACAGCAUAGGGGCGGUGGGUAGUGCCAUGUUCCUACGUUUCAUCAACCCUGCCAUAGUGUCGCCCUAUGAGGCGGGCAUCCUGGAUAAGAAACCUCCUCCCAGGAUAGAGAGGGGAUUGAAGCUCAUGUCCAAGAUCCUGCAGAGCAUUGCCAACCAUGUUUUAUUCACCAAAGAGGAGCACAUGAGGCCUUUCAAUGACUUUGUCAAAAGCAACUUUGAUGCAGCUAGAAGGUUUUUCCUGGACAUUGCAUCAGACUGCCCUGCCAGUGACUCCGUCAACCACAGCCUGUCCUUCAUCAGUGAUGGUAAUGUUCUGGCCCUGCACCGGCUGCUGUGGAACAACCAGGAGAAGAUAGGACAGUACCUCUCCAGCAACAGGGAUCACAAGGCAGUAGGGAGACGGCCGUUUGACAAGAUGGCUACCCUCCUGGCCUACCUGGGGCCCCCAGAGCACAAACCUGUGGCUGACACCCACUGGUCCAGCCUCAACCUCACCAGCUCCAAGUUUGAAGAAUUUAUGACAAGACACCAGGUACAUGAGAAAGAUGAGUUCAAAGCCCUGAAGACCCUCAACAUCUUCUACCAGGCUGGCACCUCCAAGAACGGCAACCCUGUCUUCUACUACAUCACACGCAGAUUCAAGACGGGCCAGAUCAACGGUGACCUUCUCAUCUACCACGUGCUGCUGACCUUGAAGCCCUACUAUGCCAAGCCCUAUGAGAUUGUGGUGGACCUGACCCACGCCGGACCCAGCAACCGCUUCAAGACCGACUUCCUGUCCAAGUGGUUCGUGGUGUUCCCGGGCUUCGCCUACGAGAACGUGGCUGCCAUCUACAUCUACAACUGCAACACGUGGGUGAGGGAGUACACCAAGUACCACGAGAGACUGCUGACAGGCCUGAAGGGGAGCAAGAAGCUGCUGUUCAUUGAUUCACCAGCGCGGCUAGCGGAGCACGUGGAGCCUGACCAGCAGAAGCUGCCUGCGGCCACGCUAGCCCUGGAGGAGGACCUCAAGGUGUUCCACAACGCCCUCAAACUGGCCCACAAGGAUACCAAGGUCUCCAUUAAGGUGGGCUCCACUGCAGUCCAGGUGACGUCAGCAGAGCGUACCCGGGUCCUGGGUCAGUCGGUCUUCCUCAACGACAUCUACUACGCCUCAGAGAUAGAGGAGAUCUGCCUGGUGGAUGAGAACCAGUUCACACUUACCAUCGCCAACCAGGGCACGCCGCUCACCUUCAUGCACCAGGAGUGUGAGGCCAUCGUCCAGUCCAUCAUCCACAUCAGGACGCGUUGGGAGCUGUCCCAGCCGGACUCAAUCCCGCAGCACACCAAGAUCAGGCCCAAAGACGUGCCGGGGACCCUGCUCAACAUUGCCCUGCUCAACCUGGGCAGCUCCGACCCCAGCCUCAGAUCGGCGGCCUACAACCUGCUCUGUGCCUUGACCUGCACCUUCAACCUGAAGAUAGAAGGCCAGCUGCUGGAGACGUCGGGCCUGUGUAUCCCUGCAAACAACACCCUCUUCAUAGUGUCCAUCAGCAAGACACUGGCCGCCAACGAACCACACCUCACCCUGGAGUUCUUGGAAGAGUGUAUCUCUGGCUUCAGCAAAUCUAGUAUUGAGUUGAAACACCUGUGUCUGGAGUACAUGACCCCCUGGCUGCUCAACCUGGUGAGGUUCUGUAAGCACAACGACGACGCCAAGCGCCAGCGGGUCACCGCCAUCCUGGACAAGCUCAUCACCAUGACCAUCAACGAGAAGCAGAUGUACCCUUCUAUCCAGGCUAAGAUCUGGGGUAGUCUUGGACAGAUAACUGACCUGCUGGACGUGGUGUUGGACAGCUUCAUCAAGACCAGCGCUACAGGAGGCCUGGGUUCCAUCAAGGCUGAGGUCAUGGCCGACACAGCUGUGGCACUGGCCUCAGGGAAUGUCAAGCUGGUGUCCAGCAAGGUGAUCAUCCGCAUGUGUAAGAUCAUCGAUAAGACGUGUCUGUCUCCCACGCCCACCCUGGAGCAACACCUGAUGUGGGAUGACAUCGCCAUCCUGGCCCGUUACAUGCUCAUGCUGUCCUUCAACAACUCUCUGGACGUGGCCACUCACUUGCCCUACCUGUUCCACGUGGUCACUCUGCUGGUGGCCACCGGCCCCCUGUCCCUCCGCGCCUCCACACACGGCCUGGUCAUCAACAUAAUCCACUCCCUCUGUACCUGCUCCCAGCUCAACUUCAGUGAGGAGACCAAGCAGGUCCUGAGGCUGAGCCUGACAGAGUUCUCCCUGCCUAAGUUCUACCUGCUGUUCGGCAUCAGUAAGGUCAAGUCUGCUGCGGUCAUCGCCUUCCGCUCCAGCUACCGCGACCGCUCCUUCUCCCCCGGCUCCUACGAGAGGGAGACCUUCGCCCUGUCCUCCCUGGAGACAGUCACCGAGGCCCUGCUGGAGAUCAUGGAGGCCUGUAUGAGGGAUAUCCCUGGCUGUAAGUGGCUGGACCAGUGGACAGAGCUGGCUCAGAGGUUUGCGUUCCAGUACAACCCGUCCCUGCAGCCCAGAGCCCUGGUGGUGUUUGGCUGCAUCAGUAAGAGGGUGACCCACGGCCAGAUCAAACAGAUCAUCAGGAUCCUCAGCAAGGCCAGCCCCCUGCUCAGCAUAGACCGGGGUCUGGAGAGCUGUCUAAAGGGACCUGAUAACUACAACAGCCAGGUGUUGAUAGAAGCCACAGUAAUCGCUCUCACCAAGCUACAGCCUCUCCUCAACAAGGACUCCCCCAUGCACAAGGCUCUGUUCUGGGUGGCCGUGGCUGUGCUCCAGCUGGACGAGGUCAACCUCUACUCUGCCGGCACCGCCCUGCUGGAGCAGAACCUCCACACACUGGACAGCCUCAGGGUCUUCAACGACAAGAGUCCAGAGGAAGUGUUUAUGGAGAUCAGGAAGCCUCUGGAGUGGCACUGUAAACAGAUGGACCACUUUGUGGGCCUCAACUUCAAUUCCAACUUCAACUUUGCACUAGUGGGUCACCUGUUGAAAGGGUACAGACACCCCUCCCCCAACACAGUGGCGCGGACCAUCCGGAUCCUCCACACACUGCUAGCCCUGGUGGGAAAACACCUCAACUGUGACAAGUUUGAGGUGAACACCCAGAGUGUGGCCUACCUGGCAGCUCUCCUCACUGUUUCAGAAGAGGUCCGCAGCCGCUGUAGCCUCAAGCACAGGAAGUCCCUGCUCCUCUCGGAAGUUACCAUGGAGAAUGUUCCCAUGGACACGUACUCUGUGCACCACAGCGACCCCUGCUGCAGGACUCUUCGGGAGAGUCAGCCGUGGACGUCCCCCAAGGUGUCAGAACGCUACCUAGUGGCUCACUACUCCUCGCUGGGGCAGAUCAGCCCCCGCACACGCAAGUCCAUGAGCCUGGACAUGGGCCAGCCUUCCCAGGCAAACACUAAGAAACUGCUGGGCACUAGGAAGAGUUUUGAUCACUUGAUAUCAGACAACAAAGCACCAAAGAGGCCAGAUAUGGAGUCUGGCAUCACUACGCCUCCAAAGAUGAGGAGGGUGGCAGAGAACGAUUAUGAAAUAGAAUCGACCCAAAGAAUCUCCCACCACACCCUGAGGAAGGUGUCUGUGUCGGAGUCCAACGUGCUGCUGGAUGAAGAGGUUCUCACAGACCCCAAGAUCCAGGCUCUGCUGCUCACGGUCCUGGCUACGUUGGUGAAGAAUACAACUGAUGAUUUUGACCAGAGAAUCCUCUACGAGUUUUUAGCUGAAGCUAGUGUUGUCUUCCCUAGGGUCUUUCCAGUUGUUCACAACCUGCUGGACUCGAAGAUCAACACCCUCCUCUCACUGUGCCAGGACCCUAACCUCCUAAACCCCAUCCAUGGCAUCGUGCAGAGUGUGGUUUACCAUGAGGAGUCUCCCCCCCAGUACCAGCCCUCCUACCUACAGAGCUUCGGUUUUAAUGGUCUAUGGAGAUUCGCUGGGCCCUUCUCAAAGCAAACCCAGAUCCCGGACUACGCUGAGCUGAUAGUGAAGUUCCUGGAUGCUUUGAUUGACACGUAUCUGCCGGGGAUCGACGAGGAGACGAGCGAGGAGUGUCUGCGUACGCCCACGUCGCCCUACCCCCCGCCGGGCCAGAGCCAGCUCAGCAUCACAGCCAACCUCAAUCUCUCCAACUCCAUGACCUCACUGGCCACCUCCCAGCACUCCCCAGCUUCUCUGCCUUGCUCUAAGUCCGCUGUUUUCGCCCCACACCACGUCCGGCCAGGUAUUACAGCCCCUCCUCCCCAUGCUGCUCCUCACUCCCAGGCACACGGCACAGCCUCUCAGAGGAAUCGACAAGGAGAAUGUGGAACUCUCUCCGACCACGGGUCACUGCAACAGCGGACGCACGCGCCACGGCUCUGCCAGCCAGGUGCAGAAGCAGCGCAGUGCAGGCAGCUUCAAACGGCCCAGCAUCAAGAAGAUCGUAUGAGAGAGGCCCACCACUAGGACGCCUUACUGGGGUCGCCCACGCCAGUCAUCAUGCUGCACUUUUACUCCAACUCUCCUCUUCUAUCUAUCUAUCUCAGCCUUGAUUCUCCUGUUUCCAUUGUUUUUUUGUUGUUUUUUACCCUAAACUGUCCAGUCAGCCAUAUUUGCUUGACGAUCAAGAACUCUGAAUAUGAUGCAGUUUUGUUUAUGAGAUGUCAUUGAGAAAGAGUCUGGCGGUUUUUAUGUUUUGUGUAUUUUUGUGUCACAUACUGAACCACAUCGGAAUCCUUUUUUUAAAACAGCAUAAAUUGAAAGAAAGCAUUGACAUUGACAACACAGCAGUAAAAGUAGGGAACAUAGUGUCUGAAGCCAUUUUGUUGUCUUGCUUCUUUCUGGUUUUAAUUUUGUUUCAUAAUGACAAAGUAUUACGAGAAGACCAUUUCUGUGAUUUGCACAAUUUUCUGUAAUUCAACAUGCUUGUAAUUUUUUUUUUUUUUGCCUUUUCUAAGUGGUGUUAGUAGGACAUUUUUCUUCAAGCUGAGAGAGCUUUGCCAAUGAGGCUGAACUAGAUCAAAGGACAAGCUGCAGAUGCAUCUCAUUGGGACACAUGGCCAUGAAGAGGCAUUGUGCCUUUGGACCCAGCGUUGAGGAAAGGGAUCCCUCUCACCCACCAGAGAGACGCUACAGAGGGAGAGCAGUACCAUGACACACACACACCAUUGUGGAGGAAAUCGCUGAAUGCCCUAAACCCUCCUGUAGUAGCAACAUCUGUGAAAAAGCAUGACCAACAACAGACAUUAGUGGUUUACUGUGCUAUUGAGGUGGGGGCUGGACUAUCAAUUGGCCCUGUUUUGAGCUGUGUCAGGGACAAUCUAAUGAUGGCCAAGCCAUGUGUCUUUAUUGAUUAGUGAUUGUCAAAGCUGUGGGGAUUUCUCUGUUAGGCAGUAUUUUUAUUCCCACAUGAGAGUCAGAGAGGGCCAACUAGGCGGCAGGCUGAUGUUUAUUGUCAUAAGUCUCGUCCUGGAGGCAGAACUGAGUGAUUUCCCCUUAGAUAGCCCAGCUGUAAAGUCAAAAUUGGCUAUAUUGUAAAAAUUCAUGAAAACAAAAAUGUGCUUUUUGGUCUGAAUUUAAGAUUAGGGUUAGCAGUGUGUUUAAGGUCAGUGGUAGAUUUUCUGAUUUUUGUGGCUGUGCCAGCUAGUGACCACUGCGGCGCUGCCUCUAGAACAAGAUUUGUGAUGGAAAAAACGCUAACCUGCCAGGUACGCCACUCUGGUGUUGGAGGACAGCAGCCCUGCAGGUUUCAGAGCUUUCGCUUUUAAUCAGCACCCUAUUCACGUUUUAUAACACUUUGUCAAGGAAAGUAAAGAAGGAAAAUCUGUAAACCAGGAAUAGAUAAUGUCCUAUGUUGGAAAUUUGGAUUGGACAUUUGAAAUUGUCCUUAGCUUUGAGAUUUGAAAUAUAUCUAUAGUGGUAGUCUUUCUCAGUAAUAAUUGUUUCAUUCUUGCCCCAAUUUACUGUAAACGCACAUACACAUACAAACCAUACACUUGGGAGGUUGUUUUGUUGAUUGUGUGCCUUUUCUAGGGUUUUCAGAUGUUUAUAAUGAAAUGAGAAAUUAAAAAAUUGCUUCAUACAGCAUUAAAGGUAUUGUAGAUGGUUACUCUGCAUAAAUGUAUAUUUAUAUAUACAGUUAUAAGUAUUGUAAACAAUACCUUAUGAAUGACAAGCAUUCAGGCAUUAUUAAUCUGCUGCCUGAUAAUUGCCUUGUAUGGUUAAAUAUUUAUGUAAAACAUUAACAUUCGGUACCUCUUGUCAAAACAAGUAUUCUCACACAAAUUCCAUGACAUUAGGGACCAGAUUUGCUGAGUGAGUGCAUGUGCAAAUGUUGCACGUGUUUUUUCAAGAGUGAAUGAAAUGUUGAAGUCAGAACAGUGAUGGCUUUUAUGCUUGUUUUUAUCUUUGUUUUAGGAAAGUUGGUGCCAAUUAUGUUCUGGUUCAAAAGCUUUAGUAAAUCUGUCCCUGUUCAUGAUGUAAAUUGUACAAUAAUGUAUUUGUUAUAUAGUAAUUACAAUGACAUAGUUAUGAUUUGUUUUAGUGAGCUUUGAAUUUUAUCAUUGCAAAAAAUCUGAUUUAAUUUGAUAGAUUUGAGAUUUGAAAUAUGGAUUAAUUAAAGAAACUAUGGUUGUAAUUAAUCACCUCAAGACACACCUGCUGAAUAGUGUUCUCCAUGUUUAAAAUCAGCGUAAGGAAAUGAUGCCAAAAAAAUAACUUUGAGGGAUUGAGACUUAUGGUUAGGCUGUCUGUUCGCAGAUAGAACUGUGUGUAUUGGGAGUACAGCUGUACAGGGUGUUAUUGGCCCUUUUUGCCAUGGUCUUCCCCUCAUUAGUCUGUAGUGUGGCAUGUGUAAAGGUCUAGGCAGGCCCUGGGAUGCUGCACCAAAGACUAGCAAAUCUGUUCGGUAGUUUUAUCAUUGUUGACUUUCUCUGAGCCUUUGCAGUUGGUCCAGUAGGCCAUGCACAGAUAGACAACGUGUGGCAAACAGAGACGUUCCUUUCUCUAACAACAUGGUGCAGUUUGUUAGGCAGCAGAGGAGUUCUCUGGUCACACCAUUCCAUUUCCUCGUGGAGCCUGGUUCCUAAUUUCUGCUGUUUGAGGUUGUGUACCAAGGAACCAACCAGUGCCAUACACGGAGUCUCUCUGAAGUCAUGGUUGUUUUGGAAGCUUGUGCCAACUCCUUCAGAAUGUUUUUGUAAGUGUGCUUGUUAAAACAUUGAUGAUAAUCCUGGGUUCAAACACAAUUCCAUUAGACAUUUUUGACUUGCUUUUGCUAAGGCCAGCGUGUGCAUUAAGUGAAUUAUGUAAACUGAGUAGGAGUCGGUGUAUAGCGACGCGGGAAGGGAGAAUAUGAAGACUGACAGUUUUAGUUUUUCACCUACAUCCAGACAUUUUAACAAUCAACAACCAUGCUCAACCUUACAUUUGUUUUCUUAUUCUAUUAAUCUGGUUUAGAUUGGACAUGAUGACCACAAGAAAAUGAACAAUGUGCGCACUUAGGUUUUUCCCAAAAUCAAAGUGUGUUGGUGCUGUUGAGAGGUAAUGAACCUUGUUGUAAUGAAGUUGAUUCCAAUGCCUAGAUUUUGUUUACAAAUGUUAAUAUACUUGAAUCAGGAGGCUAUAUGUCUAGAAGAAGCAGUUCCUCAUCAUAGAAAGGGAAAAAAUUACGUUUUUAGAAGUCAAAUGGAACAAGUUUACCAAACACAACAUUUCAAAAGAUGAAAGGAAACCAAAGUUUAGGAACUGCAAUAUAGUACACACAAACUUGGAAUCUACUGUGUUUGAUAAACAGUCCUCUGAGAGAAGUCUAAUGUACUAAUCCACAACUUAGUUUGCUUUCAUAUGGGGGUGAGAGAUGAUUCAAGUAGUGAAAGAGAGAUGGACCAAGCUAUGAAUCAAUGCAAACCACAAUGUUUUCUUUUUGUAUGUGCUUUUUGUACAGUUAAUGAUCAUUAUAACCACAGCAUUCUUCAUAAUGUGUGUAUUGUAAAAUUAUUCAUUAUUUAGUUCUGGCCUCAUCAGACUUUAGGAACUACAGAUCUCUGUUUCUAGCUCAUAUGCUUUGAAGGGUAAACCCAACCAACUGUUUUUAUUUGUAUUUAUUUUACAGUGUAUACCAGACAGAGCACACUUUGUAUAUUCAAUGGAUCCAUUUUUCUCAGUGUCUUUUCAUAAAGGGUAGGCCAGAGGGAAUGUGUUUGUCUUGCUUUUACUUCAUGGAAAUGUGCCACUUUAAAGAACUGAAAAGAAUUUGUCCUAAUUUGAGUGAAUUGAACAUUUGUCUGUUCAUGUGAAAUUGAAAAUGGUCACUUAAAGGCUCUAAAAUGUACUAGAAGUAGCUCAGGAGAGACAGUAUUAUAGAUAUCAGUUAACCACUUUGUUCAAUGCAAGGAUAAAACAAUGUCAAAAUAGCUUUUCUCCUCAAACAUUGCUUUAAUAUACAGUAAUGGCCAAUUGGUCUUCCUUUUAAGAUGGUAAAGCCUAGAAAUGAUAGCUUAAAAGUUUUGGAUGCAUAGCACCCUACCACCUGUUAUCACACCAUUAACAGACAAAAGUAUUGGGAGCAGAAACUGUCUCCGAAAGGUAGACUGAGCUCUCUGUAAAUGUAUUGUAGGUUUUCAUAAUUCUCAACUGAAGUCAAUUGUGUCUUGCACUGGUGUGAUAUCUCCUAAUUUGGCACACAUCUCAAGGUUAUGCAAAAUAUUUUUAACCAUUGGCCACUGUUUUACUGUUUCUUUCCCUCAUUUUUUUUAUGCAGUAAGCUCCACAUCUGUAAAUAAUUUUGUGUAAAAAUUGAUAAAGGUAUAUUUACUACACUGUAAAUACAUGUGAUGAUAUAUUGUAUUAUUUAGCUUUUUGUAAAGCAGUUAGUUGCUGUACAUGUAAAACAUACAAAUUGAAUGAUUCUAGUGUUAGUAAUGAUAACCUCUCUCCAUUUUGUCACUGCAUUAUGUGUCAUUAAAUAUAUUGAGGAAAAUAAAGGUUUAAAUCGAGGAUAUAGAUGACUGUGUACUCUAAAACCUCCACUGUAUGAUCGGUUGUUGUCCUCAUCUGACAUUUACAGAUGUUGCCCUAAUAAAGAAUUUCUGUCCAAA